CCAUCACUAUCAGUGUUUCGUUCUCAGUUUCAUAGUAGUUUCCAAACAAAGCAACCCUCGACUAGAAAAUGGGGAAGGAUGAUGCGGAGACGGUAGCUCUAAAGAAAGAACUGGAAGAUUUAAUCAAUAAAUGCAAGGAAGAUCAAAAGAAACAACAGGAUACAACUUUGGAAGAAACAUGCAGCAGUCUAGCAGAUGCUCCAAAAGUUAAAUUAUCUACGAAAAAAUUGCUAAAGGGGCAUAUCAACAAGGUGAAUUCGGUGCAUUUCAGUGGCGACAGUAGGCAUUGCGUGACAGGUUCUUUAGACGGAAAAUUAAUCAUUUGGGACUCAUGGACCGGAAACAAGGUUCAGGUGAUUCCAUUACGCUCAGCGUGGGUGAUGUCAGUAGCUUUUGCACCGUCCGGAAAUUUUGUUGCUUGCGGUGGUAUGGACAAUAUGUGCACUGUCUACGAUGUGAACAAUCGUGAUGCCACAGGAUCGGCCAAAAUAGUCCGAGAGUUAUUAGGAUACGAAGGAUUCCUUUCCUCCUGCAGAUUCUUGGAAGAUAAGAAGAUUAUCACUGGAUCUGGUGAUAUGAAAAUCUGUAUAUGGGAUUUAGAAGCGAACAAGAAAACGGCAGAUUUCCCCGCGCAUGCUGGAGAUGUGGUCAGCAUCAGUUUAUCACCAGAUAUGAAUACUUAUGUUACUGGAUCAGUAGAUAGAACAUGUAAACUAUGGGAUCUGAGAGAAGAGAAUGCAAAGCAAACUUUCUUUGGACAUGAAGCAGACGUUAACUCCGUUUGCUACCACCCUUCCGGACAAGCUUUUGUAACAGCUUCAGAAGACAAGACAGCAAGAUUGUGGGAUAUCAGAUCGGAUCAGCAACUAGCUACAUAUAAGCCACCAAAUUCGAACCCAGGAUUUACAUCAUGCGGUUUAUCCUUUAGCGGAAGAUUCAUAUUUUGUGGAAGUGAUGACAAUUCUAUCCAUAUAUGGGAUACUCUAAAGAAUCAAUACAAUGGUGUUUUAACGGGCCACGAGAACCGGGUAACAUCGCUUAGCGUUACUGGAAAUGGCAUGGCUGUUGCUACUUGUUCCUGGGACCAAAAUGUUCGAAUUUGGGUAUAAUCUGACAAAUUUGAAGAAGAGUGGAAAAGGAAUAAAAGAGAGGUCCUAUCUUUUGUUGAAAUGUUCUUCACUGAUAUUUUGCGUUCCCCAUGAAGUUUUUGAUACAGGAAAAAGUAGGUCUACAGGGUGUC